GGCAUCAUCCACGAUCAUCACGAUGGCCGACUCACAAGUCACCCUCCGCACCCGGAAAUUCAUCCGCAACCCGCUCCUGGGGCGACGACAGAUGGUCGUCGACGUCCUCCACCCCAACCGCGCGAACGUUUCCAAGGAUGAGCUCCGCGACAAGCUGUCCGAGCUGUACAAGGCCGGCAAGGACCAGAUCUCCGUCUUCGGCUUCAAGACGCAAUUCGGCGGCGGCAAGAGCACUGGCUUCGCCCUCAUCUACGACAGCAACGACUCGAUGAAGAAGUUCGAGCCGCAGUAUCGGCUCGUCCGGUUCGGCAUGGCUACCAAGCGCGAGCGCGCGAGCAGGCAGCAGCGCAAACAACGAAAGAACCGAUCCAAGGAGUUCCGCGGCACGGCGAAGACGAAGGGCGCCACCAAGAAGAAGGACAAAUAGGCGCAUCGCUUCUAGCACGGGGAUGGGGACGGUGGCUGCAGUGGUGGUGGUCUGCGGUCACAGGGUUGGCGCAGAAUGGAUCAUCCAAGCACACACGAUAUCAGGCGGUUUUCUCUACCUCUGAUACGGUCAUGACCGAUGAAAAGGUUCAUUCACCGGGGCGAUGGCGGUGGG